AUGGUCCAACUCCUCCCUUACGUUGCCUCUCUCCUAGCACUCGGCCAGGCCGUAGUUGCUGCCAAGGCAGUUACAUCCUUUUCCGAAUGGGUUGAUGGUAUUCUUGAGAAUCCCGAUGGUGAGAACAUGACACCCGAGGAGGUCGUCGUUGCCUUCAAGAGUGGACACUUCGAUUCUUCACCGUCAGCCAAGUUCAGUCGUAGCUUGUACGAGAAGCGCGCUACCUGCUAUGAGAGCGCGAACACAGAUUGCCUUAUCACAGAUGCUGUUGCAUGCAUCAACACCGUCGCCCGCAAGACCAACUGCCGCAACGUCUAUCUGCAAUGCCAGAUCAACACGGCCGCAUUGACGACCGACGGUAACAAAGACUCUUCCUGCAAUGACGUUGCUCGGGGCGCAGGAUUUAUCUUGGAUGCUUGCGUUGUUUCAGGUAGUGACAGGGUGCAAGGUUCGGAAUUCGCAUACGGAAAUGGAGCAGAGCUGGUGCGACUUCGGAGACCUUGA